CUAAUAUUUGAAGGAGAGAAGUUUACGGAAUGGGAUGCUGCACCUUUUUGCUUACUCGGCAAUAAAGUGUAAAGUUUAAAAUUAAAGGCCGCCAGAAACUAUUCAAGUGCAGAGAGUACUAAAGUUCCUAAAAGAAAACUUUUUAACACAAGUGUUUACUUGUUACUUCCACAGCGGCAUGAAAUAUAAGAUAAUGUGAUUUCUUCAAAGGAAUUGAAACUGAGCCAUUGGUACCAUAGAAUUUCUGUAACUGGCCUAACAGUUCUUCUUCCAAGAUCGUUAGAGUCUGCUGAUCAGUCGAGUCCAUAAAUCUUUAAAGAAUGUAAAAUCUGAGCUGAUGAUAAUAUAGUUAAAAAUACUGUUUAUUUUGUUACACAGAUCGUCAUGUCCAAAAGCAGACAAAAAUGCACUGUUUAGUUUCUGAUUUUCACAGCAUCAAACCGAUAGUACAAGGCGAGGAAAUAGAACGCUUUUUGGCUAUAGAUAGAUCCCUUGAUUGCUUUUUGUGGUAUGUAAAUAUAAGUGAAUACGAUUCAGUCAAUGAGAUUCAGAAAAUAGGUGUAUGGGUGUUUGACCCAGAAAACGCAGAUGCAUCUGAGUUACAUCACUCCGCACAAAUGCCUUCUGUGAAUUCCAGGAUUCUCACCAGGCAGUUCAUUGAUAUGGGACAGGAGCCUAUUCUUUAUUCUUAUUUGCAAAUCAGAACAUUUACUCCAAAACCUAGAACAGACUUUGGGAUCUGGGAAUUUCUCUUAUCAAUAAAACCCAGUGGGAUCAUACUGAAGAUUAUAGGAAAACCAGUGGCUUUUCAGGAUUGCUUUAUUGCAGACAGCUAUUUCAUAAUAGGUCCCUCUCAGUCUGAAUUUCAUUUGCGUGAAAAUGAGUUGCCUCUCUCUGCACCAAAAAAUAGUGAGCUCAUUGUUAAAUGGUCAGAAUGUCUUCCGGUAAUUGGUGUUUUGUUGUCAGAAUUCGGAGUGUUCUAUACAAAUGAUGGAUUCAGGUCUGCAAGGAAAAUCAAAUCACCAAUCUUGGAUGAUCGAAGAUUUACAGUAUCUAAUGUGGCAAUGUCAGAAAGUGGAAUCUUCAUAUUGAUAAAUGGUAGCGUUUACCUAGAAACACCUUUCCAUGAUUUUUUAUCACUCGUCGACGACUACAACUUUCCCAAAACUGAAAUUAUUGGAAUAACUUCAAGGAAAUGGUGUUUAUUUGAAAAUACUGGAAAGAUCUCUAGCAAAUUAAGCAAAGUAAUACUAUGGUCAAUAGACACAGUUUACCUCGGGUAUACUGGAAACCUAUUUGUCAAGUUAACAACUGUGACAGAGCUCAGAGAGAUUCUAAAGUUGCCCUUGGACGCUGCAAUCACCAUAGCCAACAUGGAAUACACUUUACACCCGUCUGAUAUUACUCUGUUACUGAGCUAUUGCAGUCCCUGUGGUGCCACAAAAUCGCUUUACUUAGCAACCUACUGGGAAGAUAAAAAACAAUGGAUACUGGAAGACCUUUCUUGGCAAGUCCCAGUGCAGAAUGCCAUAUCUCUAUUAUUCCUAAAUUCAGCAGUGCCCAAUCUGUUGCUGUGGGAUGAUCGUAACAUGUACUACAGUUACCAAAACCAUUUAAUUCAGGGCUUCCUACAAAUGUUUAAGGAAAAUGAGAGCCUACCAGAAGGUGACUUCAUUCACCAAGUUUUUCUCGAUUACUACGGGAAUGUCAUCAUAAAGACAAAAUUCAACCAGAUGUUUCAUCUUAAAUGUGGAAUGAAAGUGACGGUGAAACUCCAUCCAUGGGUUCACAAAGAUAAAAAGACCGCGCUUUAUGUAAACCCAACUGGUGACCUGUUUAUCCUGAGUAUUAAUGGCAGUGACACAGUAAUUCGGGAGACAUAUCCAUUAACUUUAGAAAUAUUUAGUUCUACGCAAAAUACAGAGGAUACUUGUCCAUACAUACUGUUUCACCACAAUAUCAACUCAUAUUUUUAUUUUAUGGACAAGAGCAAUUACCUGAUCUUCUGGGCUCAAAUAGUCUAUCCAGAGCUUCUUGGUUUAUCUGUAGUCGUGGAAGUCUACGGACCAAAAAUAUUAAAGGAAGACAGAAACGAGGAAUAUGAGAUAGUUUUAGGAAUCUGUACUAAAAAUCUGACUCUAAAAUUUUUCCAGGAUGAAAACUAUGAACAAGUAGAUAAUUACACAGAACUCCAGCAGAAAAACAGUGGCAUUUUGUCAUUUGCAGUGAUACCAAGUACGAUGGGGAAAAGAUGUAUUUUGCUCAACAAGGUGUCUACAAUAUAUGUUGGUUGCAAUCCAAAAAGGUACAUCACAGUUAAAGGUGUGCGAAAAGAAAAUUGUACCCAGUAUGAAAAUUAUCAUGUCAGCAUUUCGAAGUUGCAUCUGCGCCACAGACCAAAUCAAGACCUGAAUUUUAUCUAUGAUCUGAAAAAAUAUGGUUGUCCAAUGAAAUUCCACUGGGGACAGUAUUUCCAACCUAUUAUUGAGUUAUACGAAGGAAAACAAUUUGUCGAAAGAGUCAAGGCAAAUUUCAUCAUCUGGGAUAUAUAUGGAAGAAAUGAUUACAGCUUUAAUUCAACCAUGAAUGAUAAUGGAUGUAUGAGCAUAGCACAGACAUGGUCGUCAAUGAUUGCAGCCAACACACACCUGCCACUGGAUAAAGUAUGGGGACCCGAGAACUACAGACACUGUUUUUCUGUGGCCAGUGGAAAGCCAGGAAACCUUAAUCAACCGUAUGAGAUUUUAAACUCUUCUAAUUAUAAUUAUAUCGUGUGGCCCAAGGAUUACGAAGCCUUUUUUGUGUUCCAAGUGAAGAUAGUAGACCCAAAUUACAGCUUCUGUGACCUAACGGCUACAUUUGCAGUACAUUCCUUUAUCUUAGCUAAAAGACCAGACCCCACAAUAGUUUUACUUUGCGUUAUCUGUCUGUUUCUGGGAACUGUAUUUGGCCUCUCUCUGAGUUACUUAGAGUACGUGAACAUUUUUCGAAAUCAUCUGGAUGACCAAACUCCAACCGAAACAAACGGGGAAAACACAUCGGAAAACUGAAACCUUGCUGUUAGAACCUUGCUGUUAGUUAAUGUGUUUUCAGCAUUAUUUACAACCAGGGAAGAUGUUUUUCAAUAAACAAGUAUAUGUGCAUAAUGCAGAAUAAGUGUUAGGGCAAACGAAUAGCAGCCAGUUGCUUGGUAUUUUAACAUUUCUCUGUUGGGUUCAGUCUCCUCCGGCUUCCAUGUAUCUCCCUGUCCAUCCCACGGCAUUGUCUCCUCCUAUUCCCAGAUCCUUCUCUUACUUCUCCCUGGUCCCUGGCCCCACUUUUUCUUUCCUGUUCCUUUCCUCCUGUCACUUGCAUCUUCCCAUUUUUAACUUUCUCCUUCUUUUGGUCUUUGUAUCCCUCAACUCCACUCCCUUCAUCCUCUCCCCAUUAUAGUCUACCCCUUCCGUUUCUCAUCAUCUUUCUGGUUAUCUCUUGCAUUUGCUACUCUCUCAGUCAUUCUUUCUGCUCUGGAUACCGCAGCCUCUAGCUGGCCCUCUCCCUUCCAUUUCCCCCUCUAGCCUUCUCUCCUCCUGUCUCAGAGCUAUUCCGAGACAGUGAUAAAAUUCUAUGUACAAAAGUGUCAGAUUCUAAAAACGUUCAUUUACAACAUUGCAUGAAUAUUCUGUGGUCCGGGUUCCACGAGUAGCCGGGGAAAAUAUGAUGGGUGAAAGCAGGGCAUUUCUAAAGCUCUGUGAUUUUAGUCCACUACAGAUUUGGCGAGUGUCCUUGAAAACCUAUUCACAGUUGAAAUGUCUUGUGUUGUAUUUGUAAGAAUCAACACUAGAUGCUCCAUAAUGAAAAACUGAGGCUGUGAAUAAAAACUUGGGGGGAAAAAAAAGUCCUUUUGAGACCGUGAGACUGUUCAAAUGUUUAGCGAUCACAUCCCAUUUGUUCCAAUCAAUUGGUAUUUUCCUGUUAACAUUUUCAGGUGUAAAACUAUUUGUUAUAUCUUUCACUGUUUCAGUUAUAGAAUCAUUCCUGUGGAUUUAACAAAUGGCAUUUAAAGUCUGGAAUAACUUAAGUAUUUUUAAUAAAGAAUUUAUGUAUG